AUGAAUUUCCGUAACCUUUUCCUAUCCCUUUUCUUCGUCUUCGCCUUCAGCCUUGCGCUGGCCCAGGCUGAGGAUGCCAAGGAGCCCCGUGGCCCCAAGGUCACUAGCAAGGUUUACUUCGACGUUCAACAUGGCGAUGAGUUCCUUGGCCGAAUUACCAUGGGUCUGUACGGCAAAACUGUCCCCGAGACUGCUGAGAAUUUCCGUGCUCUGGCCACCGGUGAGAAGGGCUUUGGAUACGAGGGCUCGACUUUCCACCGUGUCAUCAAGGACUUCAUGAUUCAGGGUGGUGACUUCACCAACCACGACGGCACUGGUGGCAAGUCCAUCUACGGCAACAAGUUCAAGGAUGAGAACUUCAAGCUUCGUCACACCCGCAAGGGUCUCUUGAGCAUGGCCAACGCCGGCAAGGAUACCAACGGCUCUCAAUUCUUCAUCACUACCGUCAUUACCUCUUGGCUUGACGGUCGCCACGUUGUCUUCGGUGAGGUCCUCGAGGGCUACGAGAUCGUGGACAAGAUUCAGAACGUCCCCAAGGGCCGUGGUGACAAGCCCGAGAAGGCCGUUAAGAUCGUGAAGAGCGGCGAGCUGACGAUGGAUGAGUCGGAAACCGAAGACAAAGACUACGACGCCGACGGAUUGCCCAUCGCCCACGAGACCGAGACCGAAACUGCUGCUGCCACCGAUGACGCGGCUAACUAUUCGAUGCAACCAGUUCUGAUUUUCUUGGUGUUAGUUGCUGUGGUGGGUUUCUAUAUUCGCCAUCGUCGCAACCAAGAGCGGGCCAACGAGAAGGAGUUCGAGGCGUAA